AUGGUGUAUGCCUACUCGCAGAACCAGAAGCAACAAGCGGAAGAGCUACUCAAUCUCACCAAUCAAGAGCUAGCACACUUAGAGCGUACAAACAGAAAAGCCAAGAAGCCAGUCGAGAUGGUCAAUCACAUAGUCUUGAUUCGCGGUGAAGAUGGGCUUCUGUUUGAUCCAGAAGGGAACCGGUACAAUGAGCAAGGGCAGAAACUCGAUGCUGCUGGGAAUGUGAUCCCAGAACCAGCUGUAGAUCCAGCUGCUCCUAACCCACCCCCCCUCAACCAAGCUGCUCCUAUUCAGCCUGCAGCUUUUCAGCCGGCACUACCCAAUGAAGGAGCAGGAGAGCAGCGCACACUAGGCGACCACAACAGGCCUGAUUUUUUCUAUGCGAAUCGCUCUGCGAUCCGACCUCCUCCGUUCCAGAGGAAUAACUUUGAGCUGAAACCUUCUUACUACACUCUUGUGGGUCUGCAUCCCUUUCAUGGUUAUCCCACUGAGAAACCAAUGGAUCACAUUGAGAACUUCGAAGACCUGGCCAGCAGCAUCAAAGCCGAUGGCGUGAGCAUGGACUACCUUCUCUGCAAGCUUUUCCCUUACUCUCUUGCUGGGGAUGCAGCUUACUGGCUAAAGCAGUUGCAACCAGGAUCUUUGACAAACUGGGAGGAUACUAAGAAAGCCUUUCUGAACAAUUUCUAUGAUGAUGCAAUGUCUGAGGAGGCAAGGAACAACAUCUCUACAUUUCGUCAAGGACCUACUGAAGCGUUCAAGGCGGCUUGGGUUCGAUUCAGGUCAUAUCAGAGAGACUGUCCACACCAUGGUUUUAGUGAGAUUCAGCUUGCUGGGCACCUUCUUUAG